UGCAUCUUUAGGUGGUCCUCGUGGUGGCAAGGUCCGGCGAACUUCAGUCCGGGACGCGUUUCCCAGACGAGCACGACGAGGCCCGGGCCGCGAUGGACUUCCCCAGCUCUCUCCGCCCCACAUUGUUCCGGACCGGCCCCCUUGGUCUGAGUGAUGUCCCUGACCUGUCCUUUAUGUGCAGCUGGAGAGAUGCAUUGACCCUGCCUGAAUCCCAGCCCCAGAUCUCUGAGUUGUGUUCCCUUCAGAAUGGGGCUCCGUUCUUGGCCAAGGAUGUGGUGUGGGAGCCGGUGACCCCCGGGCCCCUCCCCCUGCUGCGUCCUGCCCCUGAUCCCUGGGACCCUGGUUUGACUGCCCAAGACCUGCUUUUCCGUGGAGGGUACCAGUACCGGAAGCGGCCCCGGGUCGUGCUAGACGUCACUGAGCAACUCAGCCGGUUUCUGUGGGAUCAUGGAGACAUAGCCUUUGCACCCCUGGGGAGGCUGAUGCUGGAGAAUUUCAAGCUGGAGGGAGCACCGAGCCGCUCGAAGAAGAAGACAGUGAUCAGUGUGAAGAGACUGUUCCAGAACCUCGGUGGACACCAGCCCUGGGGGUGUCCCUGGGCUUACAUUACCCACCGACAGCGCCGGUUCUCCAUCCUGGGGGGUGCUAUCCUGGGCAAGUCAGUGGCGAGCAUCUUGGCAGAGCUGCUGCGCGAGGAGCUGGCAGUGCGAUGGGAGCGGCUGCUUCUGGACGAGACCUACACUGGGGGAGCUUUGGCCUGGGUGCCUGGAAGGACACCCCAGGUUGGGCAGCUGGUCUACCCUGGUGGAGGCACCCUGGACACACUGUGUUUCCAAGAGGUCAAUCUGAACCCAGACAGCAACCUUGAUGUCCCAGGGUGUCCUGGACGCAUCCACCUCCGGGGUCCUGUGCGGCAGGUGGUGACCUGCACAGUCCAGGGAGAAGCGGUGCUGGCCGUCCGCUCUGACUACCACUGUGCCGUGUGGAAGGUCAGUAAACAGGGGCAGCCAGCCCUUCUGCAGGUGCUGCAGGUUGAGAAGGGAGCCACAGGGAUCAGUCUCAGCCCUCACCUGCCAGGGGAGCUGGCCGUCUGCAGCCAAUCAGGAGCCGUCUGUCUGUGGACCCCUGAGGGCGGGCUGCAGCAAAUCUACAGAGACCCCGAGACGCUUGUGUUCCGGGACCCCUCUCCAUGGCGCUGGGCAGACUUCACAGCCCAUCCUCGGGUGUUGACUGUGGGGGACCACACUGGAGUGAAAAUGGUUGACACUCAGGGCCCACCGGGCUGUGGUCUGCUACUUUUUCGUGCGGGAGCAGAGGCGUCAUGCCAGAAGGGAGAACGUAUCCUGCUUACACAAUACCUGGGACAGUCCAGCCCCGAUUCUCUACCCUCCACCCUCCACCUCAUCUGUACUCAGUUCUCACUGUACCUGGUGGACGAGCGCCUGCCCCUGGUGCCCAUGCUAAAGUGGAAUCAUGGCCUCCCCUCUCCACCCCUGCUGGCCCGGCUGCUGCCUCCACCCCGGCCCGGCUGCCCACAGCCCCUGAUCCUGGCAGGCCAGGGUGGGCAGCUGCAGCUGUUGCCCAUCUCAGGAGGUGAAGCAUCUGCACCCCGGCUGGCGGGGCCCCCCCAGUCUCUUCCCUCCAGGAGAGACUCCCUCUCUGCAUUUCCCCUGCUAGAACCCAAGAGCCAGUGGCAGCUGGAGGAGCGUCUGAAGGCACCAACCAUAGGUCUGGCCACUGCCAUCCCACCCCCGGCCUCCACACCAGGCCUGGUGCUCUUCCAGCUGUCAGCGGCAGGAGACAUCUUCUACCAGUACCUCCGCCUGCAGGAGGACUCCACCGGAGACGCUGGGCCUCCUGGUGACGCCGGGCCUGAGUGUCCCACCCCCACAGCUUCCUGGACCCCCCAAGACACUGUCUGCUGCAGCCAGUGGCUGAAGAUCCUUCUGGAGGUCCCCCCAGAUCCCCCCACAUGGGCUGUACCCACCUUUUUCCACCAGCAGCAGCUGAGCCGCAUGGAGCUGCAGAAGGAUGGGGGGAAAUUGCUAGAGGCUCUGCGAGAGGCCAUGGCCAAAGGGCGGCUCCUACAGCAGAGGGAUCUGGGCCCACUCCCCACAGCAGAGCCACCUCCCACACCUGAGUCCAGCCCAGAUGAGCUCAGUGAGCGUCUGGAGGAAGCCUGGGAAGGCCGAGGGGCUGCCUGGUGGGAGAGGCACCAUGGCAGGACCUCAGAGCCUGGGAAACAGCCCAAGCGGCCCAAGCGCCGGACUCAGCUGUCCAGUACCUUCUCCUCACUCAGUGGCCCCCUGGACUCCUUGGAUGCCACUAGCCCACCUCUUAGCCCAGACUCCACAUGUGCCAAGGCCAGGCCUCAACUCUCAGCGACUCCACCUUCUCAGGAGCUGACUCCAGAUUUAUGGGCCCAAGGCAUCCCCUCACAGCAGGAGCAGACCCUCCAGGACUCCAUGGCCAAGCUGCCACUCCAGAGGGACGCCCCCUCCCAGCAGAAGUCUCUCCAGAACCAUGUGGCCAAGCUGCCACUCCAAAGGGACACUCCAGAACAUGCUGCCACAACCUCUUCCCAGGCCUCUAGCAUCCGGGCCACCUCCUCCUGGCUGCACAGACCUGUCCCCUCAGGUUCCCAGCCCCACCGGAAGAAGCCUCGCAUGGGCUUUUGAGCAGGCUGACCCCGAGCCUGUGAGCCCUCACUCUCCAUUUGACCAGCUGUGCCUUCCACAGUGGAAACUCGGGGAACGGGCAGUUCUGCGGGGCAGCACUUUCCACCCUCAGAAGGCCAUUGUGAUUAUGAGCCAUGUCGGAGGAAUGGGGCAGUAAAAUAGUAAUAUCUUA